AUGUCCGGUCCAGAACAGCUAAGUGCUGAUGAGAUUGCCCUUUAUGACAGACAGAUCCGUCUUUGGGGAACAGAUACACAACUUCGAUUGAGAUCCGCCAGAGUCUUGGUGGUGAACUUAGGUGGUAUCGGCUCAGAAACAGUGAAAAAUUUGGUUCUUGGUGGUCUCAAUACCAUAGAAAUACUUGAUGGCUCUGUUGUUAAAGAAGAAGACUUUGCGGCCCAGUUCUUCUUACCUAACGACGACAGCAUAGUUGGUCAACAAAAGCUUCCUUUGGUCUUGCCAAAGAUUCAGGAGCUUAAUCCUAGAGUCAAUCUACUGAUAAACACCACGAACCCCAAGGAUGUUCCCCUCGACUACUACAAAAACUUUGACUUGGUCGUGGCUACUGAGUUGACAAAGCCACAGUUGUUUGCGAUUAAUCAAAUCACUAGAGAGCACAGAAUCCCAUUAUACGUGGCUGGCGAACAUGGAAUGUUUGGCUACAUAUUCUCUGAUCUCAUUGAACAUACUUCAACGAAAGAAAGCCCAAUUGGAAACCAAGCAAAAGUGGCUGGUACCAAGAUAAAUGGCGUCAAAGAAAUCGUCAAUGUCGAGUGGAAGAAUAACGACGAGACUGAAAUUGUCACUACUCGCGAUACAUUCUCGCCCUUGCAGCAAAUAUUUGACUCCAAGAGGCUCUCUCUUCAACUCAACAGGAGACAACUCAAAAGGCUCUCAGGUGCAUUGCCUCUUGUUCUUUCACUUUUUGACAUAGAACGUCCAUCUAAUGUCGAAGAUGAUGUCGACAGAAAGCUCUUGCUAGAUCAGGGAAACACCGUUUGUGAAAGCUUAGGUAUUUCUCAGGAAGUGCUCAGUGACGAGUACCUAGAUCUCUUCAGCAGACAAGCGUUCACUGAGUUCUCCCCUGUGGCUGCUAUAAUAGGAGGUUCUUUGGUAAAAAGGACAGUCCCAUCAAUAACUGUUUGA